AUGCAGGCAUUGUGGCCAUAUCACACCUAUCGGCCAGUCACCUGGGAUCGAUACUACGUUAAUGAGCAUCAUGAAAAACAUCCCUCGGUGAGCAGUGGAGUGGCUGCUGGCGUCACAAUAGGCAUUUUCUUCAUAGUCUUUCUUUUCACGUUCGGGUGCCGUAUCUACAGCCAAUACGCUGAUAGAUCACAAUCACAAAACUCCCAAACGCAAGACACGGGUUUGAGUGAGUCGUUGGCGGAGGACAUGUGGAUAUGUGGUGUACCCCAAGGUCCACCGCCACCCUACGAGGUAGCUAUUCGUAUGCCGUCUUCUCCACCGGAUGCGAGUCCA